UCGACUCCCAUGAAUCACUCCCACACUCCGGUGUGGGCUUCUGGCCGACCACAACUUUCUUCAUAGGCUGACAAACGCAGCGGCCACGUCGGUAUGUUUUAUAACUGGAUAGAUAUUGAUAGCCGGAGGACAGCAGCAUAAACAUUCGGCUUAUCUGGCGGAGAGCAGGAGUUUGACCCGAUACGUCCAACGGUUCUACUUUUGGAUGGAGUUUGUCAGCGCAGUCCAAACAGAACCGAGGCUGACGGUGAUCGGAAUUUACCGGUGGAAACUCUGAAGGAGGAAAAGAAGGACGGGCCAAUCUGCUAAAAGCUUCAAAAUAAAGUGUGAAGGACGAGAUUUAAAGUUGUAUCUGUCAAUGAGAGGAAUGCUGGAGUGAAGGUCAUCCCUGAAGCGCAAAAAAACGACACCAACUAUGGCGAAAAAGUACGAUUUCCUCUUUAAACUGUUGCUCAUCGGGGACAGCGGAGUGGGCAAAACGUGUCUGAUCAUUCGUUUUGCUGAAGACAAUUACAACACUACAUACAUAUCCACCAUUGGCAUUGACUUUAAAGUGAAAACCAUUGAAGUGGAUGGAAAGAAAGUGAAGCUACAAGUGUGGGACACGGCAGGGCAAGAACGGUUCAAAACCAUCACUACUGCUUACUACAGAGGAGCCAUGGGGAUCAUCCUUGUUUAUGACAUCACAGAUGAGAAGUCCUUUGAAAAUAUCCAGAACUGGAUGAAGAGCAUCAGAGAAAAUGCAUCAGCUGGAGUCACUCGGAUGCUGCUGGGUAAUAAGUGUGACGUUGAGGCAAAGAGGAAAGUUUCCAAAGAGACAGGAGAAACGCUGGCAAAAGAGCACGCCAUCAGAUUCUUCGAGACCAGUGCAAAGUCGAGCAUUAAUGUGGAGGAGUCAUUUCAGGCUUUAGCACGAGACAUAUUGCAGAAAUCCACCAAGAAGUCGGGCCCUACUGGCCGAGAAGUGAAAAUCACCAGCAACACACAGCAAAAGUCCUCAAAGUGUGUCCUACUAUAGACGAAACAGACAGGACAAAAUGUAGUGCUAUUUUUGAACAAAAUGCAGCAGGGUUUCUGUCUCCAUCUAGUGGACGAACAAUCUCAGUACUGUACUGGUUUUGGAACUUGUUGUCCCACAAGAUUUGCAGGAGACCCGUGGAGUUUGUACCUUGAAAUAGUACCUGUAACCUGAAACUUUUCGUAUUCUCUGUGAUUUCUACUGUGAUGUAUACUACAAAAGGCCUGAAUAGCUCUUUGGUUUUCUUUGUUCAUUUUUUUCCCUAGCUUUUAUCAUUUGGAAGCCACAUUUUCUUCAAAUGGAGUGAAUUUCCCCCAGUGUUUUUUUGGGAAGAUUUCCAAACAACAACUAAAUUUGAUCCAUUCAAUUGUUACCCACCCCCCAGUCUCUGAGCUUUGGGCAACUCAAACUCAGAUGUUAAAACAAGAAAAAUACUUUAAGAUCAAGUUUUUUAAUAAAAAGAGAUUGCCAAAAAUCAAGGAUUUGUAUAUCAGAAUAAAAAAAGAAGACUGUGGGCUUGUUUGCAUGUGCUUCAGAGACAUUUGCACAUAUAAUAAAAUGCUACUUAUUGGGCAUUGCACAUUUGAUUUUUGUCUGAUAUUUCAAAAGGAUCUACUUAAGCAGCAGCCAAUGACUGUAAUAAGUCAAAUCUUCUGUUCAAUCUUUUUAAAGAAAACAAAACUUUCCGUUCUGAUAAAUGAGCAAUUACCCCGAGUGGAAUCCAGACAAACUUUUUUGUAAGAAACAAAGCUUUUUUUUUUUUUUUCUUACAAGAAAUGGAUUAGGAAUGUGGAAAGCAAAGAAGAUGAAUGUGCAAUAUGAGAAGUUGAGUGGAAA